AUGGACGGCGCGUCGCCGCUGGAGAGAUACCUGGAGCGCUGCGAAGGGCAGGAUGACCUCUCAGCUAGUCCUCAGCUGUUUACACCCAUGAGCCCUUAUGAUGUAGACCUUCCAAUUCAAACCACUGAAGAUGUGUUUGGUUCUCAACUGAAUCAGCCCAAAGAUCUUCCUGCAGACUUCUCUGUGGAUCUCAGCUUUCUUCCAGAUAUUACCCAAGAUAAAGAACAAAAUCUAUCUGAAGAUGGCUAUGAAAAGCAAAAAGAGCUUGAUGGGUCAAUAUCAAGAAAUGAGGACAGUGGUAUCUUUGUGGAUGAAAGCAGCUUGUCAUACCCAGGUGCAACUCAACCAUCUCCUGAAGCAUCUGGCAUGUGCCCUCCUCUGAUACCAAUGACUCCUAUAACCCCAGUGACGCCUGCAUCAGAAAGCUCUGGCAUAGUUCCUCAGUUACAGAAUAUAGUGUCGACUGUAAAUUUGGCUUGUAAACUAGAUCUGAAGAACAUAGCUCUGCAUGCCAGAAAUGCAGAAUAUAACCCAAAGAGGUUUGCUGCUGUGAUCAUGAGAAUCAGGGAGCCACGAACAACAGCCCUCAUCUUCAGUUCAGGAAAAAUGGUCUGCACAGGAGCAAAAAGUGAAGAGCAAUCACGUCUUGCAGCCAGGAAGUAUGCACGUGUGGUACAGAAGCUUGGGUUCCCUGCAAAGUUCCUGGACUUCAAGAUACAGAAUAUGGUUGGGAGCUGUGAUGUGAGGUUUCCCAUCCGGCUGGAAGGCUUGGUUCUCACUCACCAGCAGUUCAGCAACUAUGAACCUGAACUGUUUCCUGGCCUUAUUUAUAGGAUGGUCAAACCAAGGAUAGUGCUGCUUAUCUUUGUGUCUGGAAAAGUUGUACUGACUGGAGCAAAAGAGCGUUCUGAAAUCUAUGAGGCAUUUGAAAACAUCUACCCCAUCCUAAAAGGUUUCAAGAAACCGUCAUAA